AUGCUUUCAGCGAAGGUAACAGUCUGUUUAGUGUGCCUAGGUGGCGCCUGGAGCAUUCCAAUCCAUGAUGAAAAUGCUCUUGAAUCCACUGCCGAUUUUAAAGACUUGUCGUUCGUCGAGAGUCUAUUGGACUUUGCGAGCAGCUCAUACCAAUGGGACGCCGCCGAGGAUAUCAACCAAGAAAUGGAUGCCGUUGAAGAUGACGAGCCAGAAGGCGGCUCGAGUGAUGAGGUGGAGAUACCUGAAGCACCGACGGCACCUGAGAUCUCCAUUGAUGACACUGAAUCUGCAAAUGCGGACGCACAGUACCACCAUGACGAGGAUCCUCCAAAUCCAGAAACAUCUGAGCUCAGUGAAGAAGAAGAGCAUAAUAUUGAUGGCCUCAACAACACUGUUCACGGCACAGAUUUCCGAGUUGAGACUGGUCUCUUUUUCGAUGUGAGUAAGGGCGGCGACGAUAGCUGCGACGACUACUCUGAGUCAGACGACGACUGUGACGAUGAUGAGAGAGGGCUUCUCAAGAAGAUUUUAUUCUUCUUGCCUGCCAGCGUCCAAUCAGGGGCAAACUCCACGAAGCCUGCUAGCUCCAUUGUACCUAGUGCAAAUGAGCCGCUCAAUGCCACCGUCUCGGUUAGUCACAAUGUUACCAAGAACGAAACCUCUUUUGCGCCCACCCGCUCUGCAAGACCGAACCUUGACGAUAUCUAUCGCAUGAUGGAUUCCCUGGCUCCAAGCCUCUCUAUCAACUGGCUCGCGGUUCUUCUAUACUUGAUAUGA